AUGUCCGCCGAAGAAAUGACCACCAAGCCGGAAGCCGAACAGACCGAGAAUCUUGGGUUUGCCAAGAGACUGAGCAAGAGACUGUCUCUGAGUCAAGGAAGUAAAGAUGCUCCUAGCCAGGGAGGCAAGUCCAACGACAUCCUCAACAGAAGUUCAUCAAUUCGGGACGAGGUCAGCCAUGGAAACUUCAGCGGGGCCAAAGAUAUCAUCACCAAAGGGCAAUCAACCAAAGAAUCAGUGAGCCAAGGCGAUGCUGGCGGCGCCUCGGGCAGCACUGGAGUGAAGGAAGAUUUCAGCCACAAAAGUGUUCAAGAAACAGGCCAUCAAAUCAGCAAAGGAGGAAUUGGCCAAGAUACUACCGGAUAUACCUCGACUGGGGCAUCAAAUGCAGAGCAGCGAGACACCGGCAAUGAGAAGCAAGAAACCGACGCAAAGGAUGAAAAGUCUGCGCAGAAAUCGAAGGAUGCCGCAACAGAGAAGAGAGACCGCAGGGGCAGUGUGGCAGCUGGAGUCCUUGAACCCAAUUACGAUAUCAAAAAAGGUCCCAUCACCGAACCUGGCACUUUCCAAGAAAAGAAUUUCCACAACAAAACCGGCAGAGAAACCAUUAUGCAAAGAGGUGUUCAAAGUAAAGACAUCUCGUCAGGAGGAAAGAACGACGAUGCCAACAACGCCAAAGAAAACACCGAAGAAAACAUCGACCAGAAAGGCGCUUCCAAUGUUGCCUUUGCGGGAGUUGAUACAGACAAGAGCAACAAGACUGGAGGUGCCAUUGCUGAAGGUGGUUACAGCGACAGUUUCAUAGAGAAUGAGCUGCAUGAUCAGGAAAACAUCGGCUCAGACGUCUUCGAUGAUGGAACUGGCGCCAAAGGCCUCUCCAAGAAAGCUGCGGAAAAAGAAAAUCUCGGCAAAUACCAUCUUGACAAAGCGCAUCUCGACAAGCAAGGCUCUCAGACCUCCCAGCAAGUAGGCGGAGGCGCUGCCGCCAAAGGCCUCUCCAAGAAAGCUGCGGAACAAGACAAUUCCGGCAAAUACCAUCUUGACAAAGCGCAUCUCGACAAGCAAGGCUCUCAGACCUCCCAGCAAGUAGGCGAAGGCGCUGCCGCCGCCGCCGCUAUUGCGGGAGGCUAUGGGGCGAGCAAGGGAGUCACUGAGAAGAAAUCUACUCCUCGAAAUCUGACGACAAAGGCACCGUCAAGUGCCGGGACCGGCGCAGCAAGAGGUCAAGAUCUCGCGUCCACUAGUCCCAAGAGCGGGGUCGCUGCUGUUGCGGGUGGAUAUGGCCGUGUAGGCGGACAAGACAAUCUUUCUGGAAGUAUGACUAGCACAGGCAAUUCCACCCCCAGCGGACUCAACGAACCGGGUGGUCUUCGCUCCACUGCUCCCAGCCAGGCAAACAAGGCCUUCUACCCCACAAGCGCAGGUGGAUCAAAUGAACCAACCCUUGUUGGUGGAGGGAUCCGAGGACCUCAGCAAGGUAGCAGAUAUGAUACCACUGGCACUGGUCUCAAUGGAUCGAGUCCAGCAGGCCUCGCUAGCGCAGAACUCCAACAGGGCGGCGCCGUCGGCGUGCUUAACAACAGCAAGGGUGUGUCGAAACAAGCAGGCAUGACUGGUGGAGGAACUCGACAAGUCAGUGCAUCUGAUGCCACCAGAAAAAGUGACUUCAGCAAUAUGUCUGGCACUGGUGGUUCCAAAUCCACCGUUGUGAAUGGUGUUACUACCAAGCGCACUGUCCGACAGCUCAGCAGUGGUGGUUACAAACUCACUGUUCUCCAGGAGAAAGUUCAGGCUGUGUCUCAGAAGUGCAAGACGCAGCUGGGCUUGUCAUCCAGUGAGAUCAGUAAGCGAAGCCCCAGCGUCGAUGCUUUCUUCGAUGCCGUUGCUUCUGAACGUCUUCGCUGGAUGCCUCGUGAUGGCAGCAGACUUGACUGUAGUCUCAGAUGGGCUUCCAGACUAGCCUACGCUGUUGAUGCGCUCCGCGAGUCCGUUGGGGCUUUCGCGCCUGCUGCCAAUGAGGCUGCAACACUCAUUUGGGGAUUCUCGAUUCUUCUCCUAGAGUCUGACAUGGACAACACUGACGUGUUUGAGAGUGUCUUUGGCCGGUAUGGUCGUGUUGCUGUCGGGGUUCAUUUGCUUUUGCAGUACGACACUGCAUACAAGUCUUCUCCUGAGCUCCAGCCAGAGGUUGCUGCAGUCUUCGCCGAUCUGCUUGAGAUGGUUUGCAGCACCACCACCAGCUGUGUUGAGGGCUUCAAAAGCAAAGAGUCUGAUCAAGUCAUCGGUCGAAACGUUGACGCGGCCUUUGUUACCUACGCCAGGCGCUUCUCGACUCACUGGAAUACUGUUGUCGACACUCAUACAUCAAAGAUUGUGGCGAAUAGCCCCUUGAUCUAUUCUUCGCCUGAACUUGGGAGUCUGCGUCAAUUCCUUGGAGUACAGGACCGCCCCCUGCAGUUCAUCCUAGACUCGCGAGCUCACUCGCUUGCUGAAGGAUCAUUUGAGUGGUUCAACAACACGCUCUAUGAUUUCACUGUCUCCAGCUCUCCAGCUAUGCUGAUUUCGGGCGGUCCUGGAUCUGGAAAGAGUGCCAUGGCUCAAUGGACCGUCGAAAGAUUGCAAGAGUCCGCUGAACAUGAUAGCUGGAAUGUCAUUCCAUACACUAUCCGCGCUGAUAUUCCUGUCGCAACACUGCCCCUGCGCAUCCUGAAGGGUGUCUUGCACCAAAUGUUGGACCACUCCGUCAGUGAUAAAGUCACCCAGGAGGCAGUUCUCGUUGAAGUCGCCAAGGCAGCCCAAGGAGCAAUCGAUGGAGCUGGAGAAGAUGCAGUUGAGGAAUCACUGUGGAGGGGUAUUCGCGCUGGUCUGGCUUCAAACAUUCAGUACAUGUUCGUGGUUGAUGGAGUCGACCAAAUUAAGGGUGGCGAUGCCGAUGCCCGCGCUUGCCUUGAUCACUUCUGCAGUAUCUUAUCUGAACAGAAUGCCGGAUCCAAGAUGAUUGCUUUCACCCGGCCUCUCAGCGCAAAGUCCACUUCCAAGGGCAUUCAGCAAUUUAUCAUUCAGUCCUCGCAAACUAAGACUGAUCUGACAGCCUAUGUCAACAAAUUGCUUGCAUCUGAUGCUAGCUUUGACACCCACAAAGGCAAUCAGCUCAAAGCAGCUGUAUCUGCCAUUGUGGGCCGCUCUCAAGGCUCUUUCAGUUGGGCCGAAAUGGCAGUGGCAUAUGCCAAACAGCAGAAGACUCUGGCCCAGGCUGUUUCGGCUGUGCAGAGCUUGCCGCAGUCAAUGCCCGAGCUUCUCAAUUUCCAUUCCCAGAGCCUCGACUUCAGCCAACAGGGUGCUAUCAACAUUGUUUCCUGGCUUGCAGCAGCCGAGAGACCACUUCUAGUUGAUGAGAUCGAGCAUUUGUUGAAUGUGGAUCCCAAGGGCCCCAGCUACUCAUCUACUGAGUUGAAGGGAAGCUACGAGAUUCUCAACGCACUGAGCCCUCUGGUUAUGACCCGCGAUGGUGUAGUAUCCUUUGCCCAUACUUGCAUUCGUGACCAUGUCAUCAAACAAGCUAAGUCUACCGGCGUAUCGACUGGAGAAAAGUCUGAGCUCAGCCUGAAAGAUGCGCACUACGACCUACUCACCAGGUGCCUGUCUGAUGUGCAGCUCAGCGUGCGCGAGGAAGUUGAUAUCUCUCUUGACAAGUUGAGCAUGGAGGAACGCAACCAUCUCUUUGAUAAGUAUGUCAUUCUGGAAUACACUGCGCGCUAUUGGCUCUCGCACCUCCUGUCUUCUCCUCUAGUCAGCGAUGAAGGAGAGUUCCAAUUCACCUCAAAUUUCAAGAAACUUAUGCCUGCAACCGUUUUAUUUGCUCGUCUGGAAUUGACCUGCCGCGAAUCUCAAUUCACUCGGUCUAGCGUUGUUGAGCUUUACCGACUGGCAAGUGACAUCCGCCGAUUGAUUCUCGGCGAAAAGUCUCUUGCAUUGUUAGAGAGCCUGGUACUAAGCGCACGUGUGUCCAAGUUAGCGCAUGCCAACCACGCCGAUGAGCACUGUUACGAAGCAUGGAAGCUGAGCCAGGAGCUUCUUGGACAGUCGCACCCCAUCACACUGACAUGUUCCGAGAUGAUGACCCAGUCGUUCUCCGAACGAGGCUCGAUGACUACUCAACAGGAGGACAUCAUGAAGUACCUGAUCCUGACUGAUUCCGAGAUCACCGGUGUCGAUUUCAAUCACCGUCUGAAGUACCUCGGAAUGAUUGUCAGCAUCUACAAGUCUCGUGGGGACAACAACUCGGCCCUCCUCAUCUCGAAGCACUUCUACCAGCAGGUUCUCCAGAAGUACGGAACAAACUCGCACCAGUCAUCGGAAACUGCCGAUUUCUUGACGGCCCGGUUCUCCACAACUGGCAGCGAUGAAAUGAGCCGCGAUAUUGCCAGAACCAAAUAUGACAAUGUUGUUCGCACUAUGGAAGUCACGGAUGAGCGCCGCAUCUCCUACACCCUAUACAUGGCGCAGAUGUACGAGAAGCAGGGUGACACGGCUCAGGCUCAGACAGUGCUUUCAAGCCUCUGGGCUGGACUAAACUCGCGCGAUAUUGAUUCUGUCGAUAUGAUGGACAAGAAAGCUAAUGUUGCGCUUGUGUAUUAUCAGUUCCUCCGUCGUCAGGGCCGAAUCGAUGAGGCCGAGAUCAUCAUUCGUGAACUGGUCGCUGAUCUUGAGGUGACCGGUAUUCAUUCCCAGGAGAUGAUGCAGCGUGUGUCUCUUCUCAAGGCUGAGACCCGUGAAAUGAACUUGUACAGUCUCGAUCGGUCUUUGUCGGUCCUGAUGUGGCGCUAUUACAAGGAAACCCACCAGGAAUAUUCUGAGGAGUCUACUGCUCUAGCACUCUCCAUUGCCCAAAGCAUGGCAAAUGCUGUCUCAAUCGAAGACGCAUCGUCGCUCACCAUUCAAGAUCGCAGGUUGCUGGUUGAGUUAUUGGAUGUGAUCUCAGCUAGUGCGAACAACAUGACGGUCACUACACUGAUCAUGUGUCACAAUCUCUCUAGCAUCUACGUGCGCGAGGGAGACUUUGCACAGGCCAGUGAAUGCGCGAUGGCUGUUUUGCAGCAUAUCUGGCCGACUGUCGAGCAGCCCAAGUCUCACAAAAGCUUUUCACACGAACUUGCGCCUCCAGCAGCAGAUCUUGCUUUGGUCUUGGCUUACAGCCACUUCCGCAGAUUGCAUUUGGAGCAGGCCACGACGGUUUAUGAGAACGCGUUUGGAUCCUUGCUCGCUUCCGACAGGGUCCCUGUUCCAUCUGUGCUAGCCGUCGCCAAGGCCGUGGUGGAAUUCUACGAGACUUCUUACCAGUUUACAAAGGCGCUGGCUCUGCUCCAUACUGUCAGCAGCUUCUUGGCAUCUCGCAUCGGGGAGAGUCACAAGCAUACCAUCGAUAAUAUGUAUCUCGAGGCUGCUUUGGCGACUCGCCUAGAGAUGAAUGGUGAGGCUAAGAGUGCCUAUCAGCGCAUCUUCCGGGCUACAUCACAGGAGAAGACCAUUGCACCAGAGGGUAUCGAAGCCGCAAUUGCACUGGUUGGUCUCUACGAGAAGGAGAUGCAAUGGGAUUCUGCUUUGGAAGUCUACCGAGCCCUUUGGCCAACCUUGGUGGUCGAAGACAACAAGGAAGAGUCUUAUGACCACACCCUUCUGGACAGAAUGCUCGAGAAGACCUACAUGGGCUACAUGUCUAUUCUGACAACUAGGAAGCCAUCUGCCUUCUCUGAGCGAUGGCAGGUGGCCUCUGACUAUGUCGCGACAUGCCGCCAUGUGCAUGGCAAGACUAGCCAGAAGACGCUGAAUGCUACUUUGCUAUUUGCUGAGCUCUGCGAGUCCAACGACUUAUACAUGGACCAAGCUAUCUCGUUGUACAAGAUUCCACUGCAGACGAGCGAGUGGGUUGAUCCUGCUCAGUCAUCGAAGAGUCUGGAUCAAAUGACUGCGCCAUUGCCUAUCACCCUCAAGCAUAAACUUGCGCAGCUGUUUGUUCGUAAGCAUGACUCUACCAGCGAAGCUCGAGCCCUGUACACGGAAGAGUUCCAGCUGGCCAAGAACACGCAGGGAUACUUCUCCACUACAACUCUUUCUUGGCUGCGCGAGCUGGCCCUUGCCCAUUCUCGACAGGGUACCACUACCUCUGUCCAGCAGGGUAAUGCUCUUCUCCACAUCUACUCCACAGACGUAUUGCAUGCUGGUGGGGACCCUGACAUGAUUGGUGACUGGGCCCGCAGAAUCGCAAGUAUCUACCUCGAGUGUGGCUUCAUUGAAGGCGGCAACGAUAUCCUCGAUGAGCUCCGUCAACGUGUGGUCUAUAGCUCUGAACCCUCGGCUAUGGCCUUGGGUGAUCGUCGUGAUGCUGUAUUUGUGGCUGCCUUUGAGGAGGUCUUCGGCAGACGGGCUAGCUACGACCAAAUCAUGAAAGAGAUGUCUCGCGAGAUGGAAAACUACCAAGCCUUCUCAAAGAAUCUCUCGGGUCACGACUUUAUUCCCACUCUUAUUUCUGGCCACAUCUUGUACACGUUACAGUCUGAUCAGAAGCGAACACGCGCUGCAAAUGACACCAGAGACAAGUUGUACGAAUAUUUCUGCUCCAACCUGUCUGCCACCAGUGUUUCGGACAAGGAAGUUGUACAACAAUUCUACCAAAUUUGUCUGCGCGAGGUUCACCAUGAGAACUAUACUGCAAACAUACUCAAGACGUCUACCAUCCUAGUCCGGGAACUGUGCAACUCGAACAGAUUCCAAGAUGCCACCAUUCUGACCGGCGUUCUGCACUCAUUCAUGCAUCUGACCGAUGGACUGAACAAUUACGACAGCAUCAAGAAUGCCACCCAGAUCUGCCUGUACUUGAGCGGACACAAGGCGACCAAGUGCACCGAUGAAAAGACCUACCUUGAGAUGUCAGUGAAGUCAAAGCUGCUUCUGCAGGAUAUUAUGGCAUCCUCAAAGUCCAUCGGCACAGAAAUGGUCGACCUACCUUUCGGCGACUUGAACGACAUCAUCACCCUCCUGGGCGAGUACGAGAUGUUUGACGAACUAGAAAGUAUACUGACUCAACUCUGGACCUCCCGCAUUGUCCAGCGCACCUGGACCCCGGAUGUAGUCGUCUGGAUUGGCCGACGCCUGGUUGAAACCCGCUUCUGUCGUGGCAACGUUGAUUCUGCCAUCCAGUUGUGCCGUGACAUUUGCUACAAUCUGCGACAGGUCUGGGGAAGCUGUGAUCCCGUCACUUUGGAGAUGACCAAGCUCCUCUCUGGAUUAUUCACGGCCUCGGAUAACCACCAGUCUGCGGCGACUCUGCACGAGGGAAUCUUAUAUGACUUGCUCGGCGAUUCGGAGGCGAAGGGUCACGAGCGUGCUGCUGACACCGCUUCUCAGCACAUGGAGUUGCUGCGACGGGCCCAAGCCCGCCUCGGUGCGAGUCAAAGCUCGAACAGGGCGUCCGCGCAUGAAGAUCUGUUCCAGUCGUUGACUGAUCGCUUUGGUGUGCAGUCUGAUCAGAUCAAGAACAUUGGGGAGGCGAAUGGUGGUGAGCAAUUCGGUGUCUGGUCUAAGCCCAGACGGUUUAGCUUAGAUGUUGAGGAUUUGGAGGAAGAGGGUCAAGCCCACCAUAAUCAUCUCCGCGAGUCGAGUGGAGGUGGAUUGCACGGAAAUGGAGCCCCGAGACGUAUCUCUGUGCAGGCCCUGUAA